GGUGGGUGACAUCAGCAACAAAAGUGUACUCUUGUACUGUACGUUGUUGAUCUUUGUUGUGGUCGUGGUUCCUGUGAUGGUUUACCUCGUCAGAUUAAGGAGGAAUCGAUGUGCACAGCGGGGACGACAGCAUGCUCAGUCUAUCGAUCCGGCUGUUGAAAUGACUGUCGUACCAUACGAGGACAGAAUAACACCUGUAGAUGUAGUACCUGGGGUGGAUCAAGACUUCGGUUUACCUGCUUGGGCUCAGAAAUGGGGGAUUCCUUGGAACAACCUUGUUGUUGAUGAGCGCGUGCUCGGCAGGGGGAACUUUGGAGAAGUGCGAUCAGGUGCUGUGAAAGCAGAUGGAACAUGGACCAAGGCGGCCAUAAAAAUGAUCCGAGGGCAUACCACCUGUUUCAAGAGAGAGGAUUUCAUAGAUGAGUUUUGGACAAUGGCCUCCAUUGGCUAUCAUCCUAACAUUGUAUUGCUUCUUGGGGCUUGUCAGCACCAAGAUGUGUUGUAUGUUGCGUUGGAGUACCUUCCGCAUGGUGAUCUGCGUAGCUACCUACAGAUGGCUCGCUCACAGUCAGACACAGAUGAGGAUGUCUUGACUUGGGAGCAACUAGCCAAGAUUGCUCUGGAUGUUGCCAGGGGAAUGGAGCAUCUUGCCAAAGCAGGAGUGAUUCACCGGGAUUUAGCUGCAAGAAACAUUCUCAUUGGAGAGGGUAUGAUUGCCAAGGUGUCAGAUUUUGGAAUGUCAAGAGGACAGGAUGUCUAUGUCCAGACAUCAGGGAAGCGUGUACCACUCCGCUGGUUGGCCAUUGAAUCGAUGAUUCAUCAGGUUUACACCACUCAAAGUGACGUAUGGUCAUUUGGAAUUCUUUUGUGGGAAAUGGCCACUCUCGGAGGAACGCCUUAUCCGUCUAUCCGGAACGAGAUGCUAACUGAAAUGCUUAAGAAAGGAUAUCGCUUGCCAAAGCCUGACAACUGUCUGGACGAAAUGUACACUUUGAUGCGAGACUGUUGGGAGGAGGAUCCUAGAAACAGACCGACCUUCACUGACAUCGUUUACGUACUAACAUACAGGAUGGUCAGCCAAACUCAGUUGAAGAAUGUCAACGUCACUGGACCACGUCUAGGAAAUUACCAGGGUCAAAUCGGCCAGAUUGACUGAAAAUUUGUCUUGGUAUUGUAUGUCCACUUCUGGAACUUUCUCACCUGUUAAACCUUACAUUUACAUAUUUCUCUAUCCCAGAGCUCCAAUCUACUAUUAUUUUAUACCAUAGUAAAUAGCGCCCUCAGCACCCAAGCCCUAGGUUACUCGCAUCCGUCUCGUACCCGCAAGGAUCCUUCAUGUCAAUAUUACCCAUGUUUGGCAGUCAGGAAGGCUCUGCUUCACUUUCAUCUAACGAUAAAAAGCCAGACAGUUCUGGUCAAUUCUGACUGUGUUCUCAUAUACCAUGGAGGCAUACGGUCCCCUAGUCUUGUUUACAUACCAGGAAUCUCCUGAUGUGGUGCAGAACAGCAUAACAUUGUCGGUACCUCACGUCGCCCGUAAGCUGAAUUUCAUAGCAGAUGCUCUAUCCAGGGGCAAUAUAACCCAUCGGUAGUACAGAACACCUUCCAAGGGCUCGAUCGCUGCACAUGCAUCCAUGUGUGUCAGCCUUCAACAGCCGCUGCCAAUAUGUUGGCAGUCCCGAUCCUUACGCUUGGGCAAUGGACGCUAUUAACUGGACAACCAUGUAUGGAUUUGCGUUUCCAACAAUGACCAUCCUUCCGAAAG